AAAUAGUCGCCCAUUUGCUCAUAAAUCGGCAGUAUUUUUAAUUUUUUUUUGAAAACUUUCAUCCCACAUUAGAAACCAAAAUGAGUCCUCCUGCUAAGAACAUUAACGAGAGAACUGUCGUUGAUCUUUUGAGCUUAAAAGGAAAAAAGGCCCUUCUUUACGGAUGUUCUAAGGGUAUCGGCUUGGACGUUGCUGAAGCUUAUGCCGAAGCUGGGGCUAGUGUAGUUAUUACCUACAAUAGAACUAAUGCCGAAGACCAAGCCAAGAAGAUUGCUCAAAGACAUGGUGUUGAGGCAGUUGCACUUAAAUGCAACGUUAGCGAUUCCAACGAUAUUAAGAGUGUCUUUGACCAGGCUCUGAAAAAGUUUGGUCAUAUUGACAUCGUCGUCGCAAAUGCCGGUGUUUGUACCAACAAAUCAGCCGCUGAGAUGACUCCUGAUGAGUUUGCUAAGGAAAUUAACAUCAAUCUUAACGGUAUCUUCAACAUUGGACACGUAACUGGUCCUGUCUUUGAGAAGCAAGGUUUUGGUAGCUUUAUUGCUACUGCUUCUAUGUCAGGUACCAUUGCCAACGUCCCUCAGAAGCAAUGCGCUUACAACGCUUCCAAGGCUGGUGUGAUUCAUCUUUGUAAGAGUUUGGCUGUAGAGUGGGCUCCUUUCGCCCGUGUUAACUGUGUUUCUCCUGGCUAUAUUUCAACUGACAUGACCGGUGGAAUGCACGAUGAAUGGGUUCCCUACGUUCCCUUCCGCCGUAUCGGUUACCCUAAAGAAUUGACCGGUGCCUAUGUAUUUUUGGCUAGUGAUGCUGCCAGUUAUGUGUCUGGCUUGGACCUUAUCGUCGACGGUGGUUACACUGCCAUUUAAAACACGAGACCAAGAAAAGAACGUUUAUAGGUUAUUACCUACCAACCCAUCUUUCCAUCUUUGUUCCGUUAACAUUUUGAUUCCUUUGUUCAACAUGCAGGCGAUUAUUUAUUAUUGAUGAUGAAUAUGACGAUAAUAACUAUCAAAACCUGAAGAUUAUUCAGAAAAAGUGCACUUCUUAUGGAUAGCAUCUCUUAAUUGAUAAUCUUAAUUAUUAUUAUUUUAUAUGCCGUUUAAGUUGAAAAACAGUAAAUACUCAAUUUCUUAUUUAUUUUACAACAUUUAGAAAAUAUCUACUAUAUCCUUUCUAAUUUAGCAUCAAUUACUUAAGAGGAAACAGAUUUUAUACCAAAAACAUACAUAGAAAAUUUGAACAAACAGUCUCAUACUAGCCAUACAUUGCGAAAUCAUACGUUUCAAGGUUUUUAGGCCAUCUGCCAUUCUGGCUCCACAGGUACCUUGCCCAAUCCCAUAGGGACAAUACCACUAAUGUGGCAUUCUGGUCCAUACACUUUCAAGUUAAGGUUGUGCUUUUGGCCGGCCUCACGAAUUACACGGAGACCUUCCUGAUAAUUGGGGCCAGCACGACGAACCCAUAUAGAGACUUUAUGUUCAUGCAACUUGUCUUUGAAUUCGCCUAAAGCUCGAGAAAUUGCACGGAAUGUUACAGCAGGCGAAGUGAAGUUAGCAAUACCACCACCAAUGAAAAGGACUUUGCCCUCGGGAUGAGGUUUGCCACGAGUCAUCAAGUCCAAGACUGUCUUGGCAUACUCAUAUGUUUGUCCAUCCGUAGGAGCUCCACUGUAUUCACCGUAGUUAGCUAAUUCAUCUGCAGCACCGUUCACAGCAACUGCAUCAGCAUAUACCACUGAGGCACCACCUCCAGCAACAAGGUUCCAAACACGACCAUUGGGGUUCAUUAUGGUCAACUUGAGGGAAGCACCUGUCUUGGCAUCAAGCUCUUGAACAUGAGCUUCUUCUUUGCUCAAGUCACGACCAAAUGGAGCAGGAAAAGCCAUGGGAGGACCAUAAUCAGCUGUAAUCGGUUCAGAAUCUUCCUUUUCAGUUUUGAUGCCUAAUGCUUCAGCUGUGCGAGCAACUGCCCACUUAGCACCGCAUUCAAACUCGGCAGUUUGGUCAAGCUUGGCAGCAAGAUCUAAAUAGUAAACAUCGGUACCGGAACCAGUAGGAAUAACAACCAAAGGAUUGAUCUCCAA